UCAGACAUGUUUUUCCCCCUCCUCCAUGGUCCGCCUUGUUUCCCUCCAUCUCCGCUUAUCUCUCAGUGCUCGGACGUUGCGUUAAGGUGCGGAUCCGAGUCCCGCUCUUGGGGAAAUUUGAGGAAAGUCAUACGACUUAUACGCCUUCAAAGGACAAUAUAAGCCUAUACAAAUUGAAACAGCAGACAUUUCUCCAUCUUUGUGCAGUUGUUUUGAAACUACAGUAAAAUGGAUCCAAUGACUCAGUCCGCCCAGAUAUCGUCGUCGCAAGGGUUUGCCGAUGGACAAAAUUCUGCUGUCAAAGAAUCAAAGCAGCCUGAUUCCUUUCUUUCCUCUUCGCCUGUAUCUCUCAUUCAAUCUCCUCAAGACAAAAGAGUGGUCCUGGGCUCCGACAAGCCCUGUGAAGGUGUAGCGACAUCCCUUCGCUUUCCCUCUCAACCUGGCUCAUUCACUCCUGGUAAUUAUGGAAGUGAAGCUGGGCUGCCAGAUGGACAACUGGAUUCACCGAUAAAGAUGUCUCCUGUUUCAGAGCGAAUAAAGGCAUUGGAAGCUCUUGCUGCCAAAAAGAAGGAAACAGAUUUUAGAAGUGAGGGAGGUUUCUCUCACUUCAAAGACCGCCACCAUGAGAAAUCUCCCACCGAGACCCCAAAAUCUCCCACAGAGACCCCAAAAUCUCCCACUGAGAAAAUCACACCAACUGUCCAGAAGAGGAGACGUUCUGUUGAUCAGGAGUCACCAGAAUCUCCGUUUGAAGUACUGGGAGAUUUAAGACAAGUGAAUGAAUUUGAAGAAACAGAAGAGUGGAUGAAGGCUCAUCUACCUCCUGUGCCAGACUUUGAUACUGUAGAUUUAAUUAAAUGCACCGUGACUUCAGACAACGUUGCAUCAAAGGAGAACAAGGAGAAUGACACAGUUAUGCCUGCUGCCUUUGCUGGUGUCCCUGAUGCUUUCCAGGAUUCUCCUGUUGAAGCUCCAAAACCAGAUGAUUUCAGUGCUGCACAGAAACAGCCAAGUGUUGAGGAGGAGCCUGAAUUUGAUCUUAGGUUUUUGCCGACAGCUUACAUGUGGGAUCAGCAGGAAAAAUCUGGUGUUCAGCCUUCAUCAAAUCUUAAUUCAGUGCUUCCAGCUUCACCUGCACCUCCUGCAGGCUUUGACUCCCCUUCUCCUGUCUUCCCACCAGUUUGCAUGGAUGCUAAACCAAAGUCCACCGGUGAUCUGGAGCCCCCAGAGGCAAGUGAAGCAGACAGCUCAGGAGAGUCAGAUGAUACUGUCAUUGAAGAUGGUGUCUCUGUUUCUGUCUCUUCUGAUCAAGCAGUUUCAAAUGAAAAUGAUCCUGCCAGCACCCCUCCUCCUUCUGUCGCACCAAGUCUUCCCACUGAGGAAAAGGAGAUUCCCCCACCAAAGUCUGAGAGGAAGCUAAUGCAGGUUCCAACAAUCAAUGUUAUUGAGACAGAUGAGCCGAAUUACAGCGAAGAGGAGAUGGAAAUGGAGCCUGAAGCAGAGGAUGAUGAGGAUUAUGAAGUUGUAAAAGACUCACACAGAGAGGCCCCCAAAACCCCGGAACCAGAAUCAGAGGAGAGUAAAAAUGAACCACCCAAGACACGCCCCUUAGAAACUGAAUUCAUGGAAGGUUACUCUCCUCCAUCCUCGCCUGUGGACUCUGAUGCUGAAUACUCUCCCAAACACAAGAUACUCACAUCUCUUACCGAUACAGUCCAUGAGGAAUCUGCCUCAGUACCUGAGACUUUACCCAGUUUAACUCAUUCAGAAGACUUAGCUUCAGAUUUUUCCCAAGCACAAUUGGAAAAUACACAGACCUCUUCCAUUAAACUAACUGAUGAACCCUCCCCUUUCAUAGUCACAAAUGAAGAAGUGGACUUCCCAGACAAUGAUGACGAGUGGUCUGAUGAAGCACAAGAUAUCCUGGUCAAAUCUUGCAAGACAGAUCUUACAUUUGUGGACCCAACUCCUUGCACCAAAUCCCAAGUGGAUGAAAAGAGCAACACGGUCGCAAAAGAGGCUUAUAUGGAGGAGGCUUCUGUUUCUAAAACCAGCUUCAUGCAAGAUGAUAUCUAUGACAGGCAAUCAUUUGAUUACGACUAUGAUGCAUCCUCUCCCUUGGAUGACAUCGACAAUGCGCCAAACAAUGCUAAAGAGCGGUUUCUUUCUGAUUCUUCUCAAAGCCAUGUUGAAACAUUGAAAGCAAGUACUGCACAGAGUGAUGUUCCUGAGGGCAGUCAAAAACUGGAAGAUUUCACUUCUCUGACUGAUGGUGAAGCCUUCUCCAAGACAGUUGCUCAGCCAUCUCGAAGAGAUUAUCCUCAAGACCCUUAUUCCUCCUUCCAGGGUGAUACAGUAAACAGCAUUGAUGAGCAAGAUUUCAAUGAGAAUAUGAUGACUGAUAACAAGGCAAAUGGUAACUCCCUCGCAGGACAGAAUGUUGACUUAAAGAUCCAGCAGGAUACUAAAACAGGUCACCAAGCAACUGACACAACAAGCAGCACAGAACGCAUUGACCCUGACAGCUCAGUUUGUGAGCCUACAGAUAGCUUUGUAGAGUUCAUGCGAGAGUGCCUGAAAUCAAGGCAGGAUGAAGAACCUGACUCUACACAUGAAGAUAUUCGCCCCCAGAAUGAGUUCUGCAAAACUGGUUCCCUUCCUUCACAGUACCCUCCAACCAUGGUGAUGGAUCUUGAACAAGAACAGCUUACUAUAACUGCUCUUAAAGAGCUGGGGAGCAGUCAAGAGGAGGAGGAGGAGGAGGACGUGGUGUCUCUCCAGUCAAAAGCUCCUGACCAGUGCAAAGCUAACCCCAGUGCAACAUCUCUACAGCAGUCAUCUAUUACCUUAGGUCCUAAUCCUCCAUGUUCCCAAAGCAACUUUGUGCUCGACAGCACCUAUUCCAAAGAGGUAGAAGCCAUCGACGAAUGGGUGGCUGAAGCUUAUCAUCUUGCUGAGCAUGUCUUGACAGCAAUACUAACCCACUUAUCAGUUAAGGAUCUGAUCCACUGGCGAGACCCCAAGAAGUCGGGCUUGGUGUUCGGUCUGUCUAUGCUGCUGCUGCUGUCGCUUGCAGCCUUCAGCGUCAUCAGCGUGGCCUCCUACCUGCUGCUGGCCCUGCUCUGUGUCACCAUCACCUUCCGCAUCUACAAGUCUGUGGUCCAGGCCGUGCAGAAGUCCAGUGAGGGACACCCUUUCAAAGCGCUGAUAGAUAAGGAUGUCAGCAUCCCUCCAGAGACUUUCCGCAAGCACGUGGACACCAGUCUGACCUACAUCAACCGAGCCCUGAAGCAGAUGAGCCGCCUCUUCCUGGUCGAGGACCUUGUGGACUCCCUGAAGCUGGCUGUGGUCAUGUGGCUGUUGACCUACGUGGGAGCCGUCUUUAAUGGAAUCACCAUUCUCAUCCUGGCCGACAUCCUGCUCUUCGCCGUGCCGCCGAUCUACGAGAAGAACAAGACUCAGAUUGAUCAGUACAUCGACCUGGCACGUACUCAGGUCAACACUACAAUGGCCAAGUUGCAAGAGAAACUUCCAGGAGCUGUGAAGCGCAGCAAAGCUGAAUGAUCAACUCCCCAAUUGGAAACAUCCAUGUUACCAUCGUCCUCAUCUCCAUCACCAUCUUAAACCCCCUUGCCUUCUCCUUCCCCUUCCCCUCUCCAGAUAACCCCAGCCCCCAGUCUAACUCCUCCACCCUACUCCAUCAACCAUCAGCACCCUACUACACUGAACCCUGCUAGGUAGAAAACCUCGGAGCUACUCGAUAUUCAAUGUAAAACUACUGCGCAGCUUAACUUGCAAGCAUUAAAAAAGAACUGUGCCUGAGCAGACAGGAAGCACGCCGCUAGCAAGGAAGUAAUGUGAAGGCUGCGGCGGACCCCAACUGUCUGCGGGGCGUGCUACAGGGGUGUGGAGGCAGGGUCGAGUGAACUAGACUGAAUCUAUGACCUGGUUUUGUCGUGUAAAGUGAGCAGGUGUGGGGGUGGGUGGAUGAUGGCUGUUAUGUCACAAAAAAAAAAAAAAAAGCAAAUGUCUGUACUUUAAACCACACAUUUCCUUGAAGGUAAGCAGAUAAUUUAAGCUGAAAAAGUUAAAGAAGAGGAAAAAAGUUAAAGGUAAAAAUAAAGGAAUAAAAGCAAGCUCUUUUGGGUGUUAUUGUGGCUAGCCUUAUCCUGCUAUCUUGCUCUCCAGCUGUUGUAUGGAUCGACAACAUGAGUUCAUUUUUAGAAGCUGGUAAUGGGUGUGUUGUUAUUGAUUGGCCUGUUACUGAGUUUGUUUCCAUUCAUCUUACAGGCACUUCUGUAAUGUAAGUUUCUGCAAUGCACUGAACUUUUAUUUUUUAAACCCACAAGCAGGUUGAAAUAAAAAAGAUUGGAACAGUGAAACCAGCUGUGAUAAUUUGGUCUAGUUCACCCUCUUUUGAUCAGAUGCAUUUUUUUUUUUUUGAACAGUUUUCUGUAUGUAUAUACACCUUAAGACAAGUACAGGCUUUCUCUGCUGUAUGGAACACGUUCGCCUCGCUUUUUAUAUGAAAAGGAAGUUCCCUCACUUACAGUGAGUCUAACUCGUUUUGUUGCACCUGUUCAAGCCACAAAGUGUUGAGGUCUCACAUUCACUUGUACAUUUUGAUUAUUCUCAUCACUACUUAUUCUUAUUGAUAUUAAUCAUAGGAUGGCUGCUUUGAUUCCCUGCUAGCUUGACAACAGCAUUGUAAGAGUUACGUUAAAUGUCACUGAGCUUCAUAGUUUUAAACCGGAGGUCUUUCAGAUGCCUCCGGAGAAAUAAAUCCUGAUUGUUCGAUAAGUUAAGACAUACAGUUUGUGAUGUGUUCUCACACCCCUAAAUCCUGAAAUGGCUUCCCAGCUCACUGUUGGCAUUUUAAAAUAAACAAACUGCUGAAUUGUGUUGAGUUUCAAAACUACAGAGUGUAUGGGGGGACAAAAAACCCACAAAGUACACUGAGUAGGUUAUUAGUUUGUUUUCACAUUUAAUUCUUUUGGCACAAAAACCACAACAUUGACCUGCAUGGCAGUUCAGAGAUUAGGGGUUGGUGUAACAAAAUCAGGGAGUGUUAUUUUGAAUAAAGAGUGUAGCUGGGGAAUAUUGCGGUAUGGAGAUUGAUUAUUAUUGAGUUGUGUUUGUCACUUUUUCUUUGACUGCCAGGAAGUGCAUGUCAUAGUGUAAGCUGGAAACAGGUUCUCACCCUUUAUAAUAGGCUGUAUCAUAUUCUUGACCCUGACUUUUUUGUUUAAUAAUUAUUACUUGUGAUUGUUUCAAUUGUGUUUUUGAAUUGGGUAAAAACCGUAGUCAUAUGUUAGCACUACUGCUACGUCUCCAUUUUGUUUUAAAGGGAUGAAUAUAAAGAAGGAACUAAAAUGAUGUGUAUGUUCGUGUUGCUCUCCCUUCUCAUUGUACCCCAAAAUAAGAUGGGAUGGAUUUAGUCCUUCCUGGAUACUGAAUGGCCAACAGGGGAACGUCACCCUUUCAUUGGCUCUGAGUGCAGUCAUUACUCAGAUAUGUGCCUGUGAGCUGUGAGUUUUCUCUUGUGGAACGUUUCUCCCCGUGCAUGCCUCAUGCCCGCUGUGUGUCACGUCACUGUGAUGUUUUGGUUCACCCCUUGUGCUUGGUGUCUCAUUCACACUCUUGGUGUUAAAGCCAAAAUAUGCAACAUUUUUUGUUAGAGAUGCUAGCUGGUAGGCCCAGCGCUCCGUCAGGAGGGCAGCUUAUGCCCCCACGGAGAGUGUUGGGUCCCCCCGACACUCUCCAUGAGGGGGAGGGGGACUGAAGCCUGUACUAUGAAACAAGUUCAACAUAUUUCUUUCUGUAAUCUGGCUUCAUUUCAGCUAACAAACAGUCACGCUAAACUGAUUAUCAACAAGUCAGUCCUGGCUACAUAAGGAUCGUCAUGUAACCUUGAGCAUGUUUGCAGCAUAUGAACAGUCUCAAACAUGUCUGCUGGCGGAAGGGGAAGCAGAUUUUCCAAAUAUGAAGCAGUUAAAUUGGGAGGUGUCACAAAAUAAGUUUUUGUUGAGGUUUAGUGCUGUAUCCGAAUUGAAUUACUAAAAGCGGCAGUUUCAGCUGCCAAAUGCAGGAGGGACGGUUGGAAAAGAAUCACCUACAGGGAAUACUUUAAGUAAUUAGUUCAUAAAAUCACUGCUCCAUCAUCUGUGCACAAGUAGGUCUGACUAUAAUUCUAUUUGUAUAUUCCAUUAAAUUAAUCUCCUGCUUUGAUCUACUCAUAUGGUUUGUGUUUUAUGGUUUCAUCCAGCUGCAUCCCUGGCAAAUAAAAACAGACAAAACAUUAUUCAGAGGGGUACUUUGUUAUCUUUCAAGCACGAUAAAUACAAGGUUCAGUGCUUCAGCCAGUCUCUUUGUAGGCUUACAUAGAAAAAGCACACUGAAAUGGCUGUGACACGGUUCCUGUGCAGGGGUGCACUCCUCACACAGAGCUGCUGAUCUUCUCUGAACGAUAAUGACAUUUUCCAGAUCAAAGUGUGUGACUUUCACACAUUUUGAUCUGUUCUCUUUAAGCAGCUUGGGGGCAGGCUAGUUGUGCGGCAUCAGUUGCCAUGGCGAUGUAGCCAGCGAACCAGUGUCAUAACACUGACAAGUCAGAGUUCAGAGCAACCCUGAAGUACUCUCACUUUGUAGGUCAGGCAUCAGUCCUCAGUGCAGGCCCUGAUGUUGUUAUACACAUUAUACACAGUAUACAUGUUUAUUUAUUUGAAUGUUGCAUAUUGUAGCUUUAAAAUGUUAAGUUGUCAUUUUACAUUUAUUUUGGCGCAAACUUCUAGAACACAUUUGCGUUAGGUGUUCGUUUUACAUGGUUUACAGGUCAGUUCAACCAAAUUACAAGAAAUCAUGGGACACAUGGGACACAAUCAUGGGUAUGGAGAGUCGGGUUCUUCACACAGCACUGGAAAAAAAAAACUUCUCUAAAAAAAAGUGAAGAGCAACAUCUAUUUUCCAAAACAAAACCACAGAACAUAGCGGUUCUUGUAUUUUAGUUGAACUGAGCCUUUAAUGUUUAACCAGUUACCUUCAAGCUGAAACAUUCAGUCAGUCCAGUGUGACCCGACCCCAGCGUGUUGUGCUGUACAAGCUUUCCAUGUGCACAUUACCUUUAAGUGAAACUUUAGCUGAGGAAGGGCCGUGUCACCUGUGUUGGUGUGCUGCCAGGGCUGAAGAGAUGACCUCUUCUCACAAUCAUAGUUGGCUUAUUUCUUUAGAGUCUAAUAUAUAAUACGAAUAAACCUCAACACAACUUUUAUCCUGCUCCUUCACAGCAUGUUGCUUUUCUCCUUUUCCCGUCUGUCCUUUGUGUUUUCAUCGGUGUGGGAGUUUGUGGCGGGAGUGUGUUUGACCUUUUUUCUUUUCUUUUGUUUUUUUUUUGUCUUUGUUUUGCUUUGACUCUACUGGUAUCUAGAUGUUGUUCACUAACAUCAGCUCUGUUUUGUAUUAGCUAUGACUUUGUUUUCAAUUUUUGAAGCUUUGGGAAAGAUGUUGCAAGGAAAAAAAAAAGUGGAAAAAAAAAACUUUGUGGUCUCUGUACUGAUGUCAAAGUGAAAUUAAUAAAAACAUGUCAAAGGAC